AUGCAGUCGCAUGUGGCUGCCGGCGACCAAGGGGGCAACUCCCCACUACUCGCACAUCCGACUACCAGCCUGACUGCCGCACAAGAGACGCGAUAUACAGACGCAGAGCCCCAGCGCGGCGCGCGCGAGCCUCGUUUUAGCGGCGACUCCAUUGGGGCCGACAUAGAGCUGGGCAAUGUCCCAUUGCUGCCGGACGACUUCGACCAGCGCCGUGACUCGCAGGAUUCGCUGUCGGAUUUGGAUUACCAGCAGCAGGACCUGCCAAGUACUCGUACUCGUCGCGACCCGGAGUUUGAUUGUUCGAGCUCCUGGCUAUUUCUUCAGUGGCUCCGCGGGCCGGUGCCGCCGCAUAUCUACCACAUUGAGCCGUCAUUCCCGAAAUGGCAGGCUGCGCCGGCGCGUCUGGUUGAUCGCUGGGUGAAACCAAGAGCCGCCAAGAUCGCUUUGUUGGUCGCCGCGGUCGUGGUUUGGAUCGCCGUGUUCUUCUCGCUCGUCAAGGCUUCGAUUGCGGACCAGGAAGUGCUGGGAUAUGGCCAACCGGUCAAGCUUUCGUGCCACGCGCGCUUGUGGAGCAACGCCACAGACUGCGGGUUGAAUGGAGACCUGUGCCGUCCAUUUGAUGAUCAGUCGUUUGCGUUUCGCUGCCCAUCUGGUUGUUCUGCUGCCAUUCUCCUUGAACCCUAUAAUGUAGGCGCCGAGGAAUAUAACUACCGACCUUUGGUCAUCGGUGGCAAGGCUUUCCGGAACAACGGCCCCAUGAGCGGACACUAUCGUGGCGACUCGUCAAUCUGCGCGUCGGCCCUGCAUGCAGGAGUCAUCGAUGACGCGACAGGCGGGUGCGGCAUCCUGCAUCGCACGGGUCUGCAGGAUAAGUUCGUGAAUGUAUCGAAGCACGGCAUCGACAGUAUCGAUUUCCAAUCGAAUUUCCCCAUGUCCUUCAAGGUGACCCGGCAGGCGACUUCAUCGGGGUCGAGUGACGCCAAGCUUGUCGAAUGCUCCGACAUUCGCUGGUCCCUGUUUGCAUUCACACUGGUUGUGACUGUUAUCCUUUCGAUGACAGUCACAUCUGCACCAGCCUUCUACGCCUCGAUGUUCUUCAUAGUGUGGUUCCAGGUGGCCAUGGCCUCCGACCCACCGACAUCCGGCUAUUACGGCCUGAUCUCCAUGGGAGUAGGUCGAUUUCUCCCAGGCGCAUUCGUAGGAUUCGUCCUUUACUACUUCUGCAUCUGGCGCACACUCAAGAAUCUCGAUGCCCACAUCGACAAAACAGUUCUCUGGCUAGGCGGCUGCUGGGUCGGCGCGCUCAAUACCGACACCUUUGACCGCAUUCCCAUUUCUCGUCUGACACCCCACGACCUCGAACAACAGCCCGGCGCUAUCCCGGCCCUUAUAAUUAUCGUCGGCCUAUUAGUAGGCAUUACCUUCCUCCAAGCCUUCGGCUUCCGCCGCGAAGGCCGCUUCUUCCCGAUGCUGCGCGUCUACGCAGCUCUCGUCUUGGGCGUCCUCAUCCUCGUCGCCGUGCCGAAAAUGAACCUUCGCAUCCACCACUACAUUCUCUCCCUCCUCCUGAUUCCUGGAACAACCCUUCAAACCCGUCCUAGUCUUCUCUUCCAGGGUAUCCUAGUGGGGCUUUUCAUCAACGGGAUUGCCCGAUGGGGCUUCGACUCGAUCCUCCAAACGCCUGCAGCCCUCCUUGACGGUGGCAAGAUGGGAACAAUCCCUCCAAAAGUCGACCCGCCUCAAAUCCCAGACCUGAACCACGUGGUAUUCAAUUUCCCUGAACUUCCUCCCAACGUCGAUGGUCUUGGUGUCAUCAUCAAUGACGUCUUGCGCUACCAGGAGUUCAGGCCCAAGGAUAGUCAUACUGUACCCCCGCUGGACUGGAAGCGUGAACAUAUCGCUCAAGAAGAAUAUUUCCGGUUUGGCUAUGUUCACACUAACGCUUUGGGCGGUGUUUGGUAUGAGGACUUUUCGGAGGCUGCGACCUGGCGGGCUACGGGUCAGUAUGUCAUUCCGGGGUACAAUUAUACAAUGUCAGCAUCUACCGAUGAGUAG